AUGGGAGAAGGAAUAGAUCAAACAUAUCUGAUUGGUUACAAUGAGAUCACUAUUUUUGUUGCACAAAAAUUGAAUGUUGAUGAUACAUCCUUAGAUGUGCAAGUUGUUCCUCCUCAUCAAACUGAUGUUGGUCGACAAGUUCAAGCUAUUCUCCGAUAUGAUCCUACACAGAAAAGACCUGCUUUUGGAUCUGAUACAUAUGAAAUAUAUCAAACACCACCAACAGAUAGAAAUACUACUCUUGUUGAAUCAGGAGUCAUACGUUUACCAUUGAGUUCAAGAACACAAUUUGGUAAAGGAGAUCCAUUUGUUGUUCAAUAUGGCUUCCGUGGUCAUACAAUUUACGUCGAAGAUUCAACUGAUCUUGCUGUCGAAUCAAUCACAAUUUAUACAUCAUGGGGUAUGGAUUUUUUCACUGUUAGAGCAGGACAUUUACAAGUAAAAAAUUAUCAUGUUCUACCCCGUGAUAAUCGUUGGGUGAGUACCAUUGUUGAUUGUAUGCAUUUUAUUGAUACAAGAGAAUAUGUUUCCCUUAUUGAUAGUGAAUGUUAUGCAAUGGGUGAUGAUGGUUUGAAUGUUCAUGCUGUUUUCUUUCUUGUUACAGAAGUUAUUGAUACUCAAACGAUUAUUAUUCAAGCAAAAAAUUCUUAUGUAUUUAUAAAUUUUGAUGUUGGAAUAAAUUUAGAAUUUAGUAGUAAUCAAGAACCAUUUGUUGUGCAUGGAAAUGGAUUAGUUGCAUCGAUUUCAUCGACGAAUUCAAGUGAUUCGAUAAAAAUUUCUUUUACAAAUCCAGUUAAUGUUAAUAAUUGGGCAUGUGGUACUGACACACCUUUACUUACAACACGAAAUUUUACCGUAGUAAAUAAUCGUGCUCGUGGUGUUCUUUUGGAAACACGUAAUAUUGAUAUAAGACAAUCAUUAUUCUAUCGUACCAGUGGGCAUGCUGUUCUUAUUCAACCAUCAAUGUAUUGGAAUGAAGGUCCCGAAGCUCAAAAUGUUUCAUUGAUUGGUAAUAUUUAUAUGGAAAAUAAUGAAGGUAUUGCACAAGGAAAAGCUGUUAUAGCUAUUUUACCUGAUCCAGUUGAUCUGGUUCCUGUUAUUAAUGACAUUCGAAUCGAAUCAUCAUCAUUCUAUCUGGGAUUAUCAAGUCAAGGACUUUUACAAAGUGAUAAUAUGAAUAGUUUGUAUCUUACAGGCAAUUAUAUUGAUACAAACAUGUCAACACCACUUAUAAGUAUUUGUAAUUAUCGAAAUAUCUCAGCAACAAAUAAUUGUGUCGUAAAUAAGCAAACACAAAUUACAGAAUAUUAUACAUUUGAUCAAACAAAUCCUUGUUCAAUGAAUUUGAGUAGCUUAAUUGAUUUACCACUAUCAGCAUUCAAUGCAUCGUUUCCACCACCUGUUCUGAUCAAUAAGAAUUGA